AUGAAAAAAGCUUCUCACUUUAAGCUUCUUUCUUGCUUUGACCCCCCUCUCUCUCUCUCUCUCUUUGUGCUUGAUAAUCCACCUGAAGCGGAGGCCACCCCCUCCAGUUCUCCAGUUUUAAUUCAGUGUCAAGCUGUAUCUCUAUUCUCUCGAAGCAAGCUGUUGGCAGCAACCGCUUGCUUCUCUUCAUCUUCACUGCCGAAGGAAAAAGCCGAAGCCCCUGAAGUUUGUGAUCCUUGAAGGAAUUUGUUUGUCCAAGACUAUAUUGUGGACGGAAUAGUCCUUGGGAUUGCCAGAGUUGGAUGAGAAAUGAUCUGGGUCUGCUUAUGAAAGAUAUACUGCUUUGGAGAAUGGGUUCUGGACUGUGGAAAGCUUCUGGCUGAUCUUUUGAGAACUGUUUGGUUUGUAUCAUGGCCUCGAAAGCUGCCUCUAGAGCAUCCUCUGAACCGCAGCAGAAAACAGCUGGUGCUCUUAAAGUAGAGAGAAGUGAUCAGAGCCCUUUGUCUUUGCAAAUUUCUAAGGAAAGCAAAACCCAGCUGGCUAAUCCUGAACAGCAUUCGAAAUUUCCCCAGAACAACUCGAAGCAAGUUUUAGUUGAAUCAACUGGUAAUAAAAAAUCGGCCAAUCUUGCUCACGGGGGUUCUCUUGAUUCUCUAGUCAACAAGACCUAUCCACUUUCUACAUCUUCUUCAUCUGUUUCAGGAAAAUCAUCAGAGCUGGAUUCUUCUGUUGUUGAAAGUAGAAGCUCCAUAGAAGGUUCUGUUGAUCAGGAAAAGAAGACAUCAACAUAUGAAAGCGUCAAAAGCAGUUCAGUGUCUGGAAAGGUUAGUGACGGUACUGGAAGUAUUGCCAAAACCAGCGGAAGUGCUAAAAUUAGUGAUCGCGUCGAUUUUGUUGAGAGUGGGAAGAGUAGUAUGUGUAGAGGGAGCACGAGUAGUGAUGUGAGUGAUGAGAGCAGUUGCAGUAGUUUUAGUACCAGUAUAAGCAAGCCGCAUAAUGGAAAUGACUCGAGAUGGGAAGCCAUCCAAGCGAUUAGGGCAAAAGAUGGCGUCUUGGGUUUGAGCCAUUUCAGGCUACUGAAACGCUUGGGUUGUGGGGAUAUUGGAAGUGUAUACUUAUCAGAGCUUAGUGGAACAAAAUGUUACUUUGCAAUGAAGGUUAUGGACAAGUCUUCUUUAGCGAGUCGAAAGAAGCUGCUCCGGGCUCAGACAGAGAGAGAGAUUCUGCAAUCUCUGGACCAUCCCUUCCUUCCGACACUUUACACGCACUUUGAAACGGAUAAAUUCUCUUGUUUGGUGAUGGAGUUCUGCCCUGGAGGAGACUUGCAUACACUUAGGCAGAGACAACCAGGAAAACAUUUCCCUGAGCAGGCUGUAAAGUUUUAUGUGGCGGAGGUCCUCUUGGCUCUGGAGUACCUGCACAUGCUCGGGAUCAUUUACCGCGAUCUCAAGCCUGAAAAUGUUCUAGUAAGGGCCGAUGGACAUAUAAUGCUAUCUGAUUUUGACCUCUCCCUCCGCUGCACUGUUAGUCCGACACUCGUGAAAUGCUCAUCCAUGGAUGCUGAGUCCCUCAAGAAGAACCCCGUUUACUGCGUUCAGCCAGCUUGCAUUGAACCUUCAUGCAUCCAGCCUUCCUGUGUACUCCCAACAACAUGCUUUUCGCCCCGCCUCUUUUCUAGCAGGUCUAAGAAGGAAAGGAAAUCUAGGAACAAUGAAAUGGGAAACCAAGUGAGACCCUUGCCUGAGCUCGUCGCGGAGCCAACAGAUGCUCGGUCUAUGUCGUUUGUGGGAACCCACGAAUAUCUCGCACCCGAGAUUAUCAAGGGAGAAGGCCAUGGAAGCGCUGUUGAUUGGUGGACUUUUGGAAUCUUCUUAUAUGAAUUGUUGUUUGGGAGAACGCCUUUCAAGGGAUCUGGAAACCGGGCCACGCUGUUCAAUGUCGUGGGCCAGCCUCUACGGUUCCCCGAAUCCCCCAUCGUCAGCUUUGCUGCUAGAGAUUUAAUACGAGGGCUGCUUGUGAAAGAACCGCAGAACAGAUUGGCAUAUAAACGAGGGGCGACGGAGAUCAAACAACAUCCGUUCUUCGAUGGGGUGAACUGGGCAUUGGUCCGGUGUGCGACUCCUCCAGAGAUCCCUAAACCGGUUGAGAUCGUGCGCGUACCUGCAUCUACGAUCAACGAAAAGGCCACUGCUGCAAUGGCUGCUCCCAACCAGAAAGGUUCCGAUAAUUAUCUAGAGUUUGAUUUCUUUUAGUGACCGUUGAUAUCGGUUCCAAAUUCUAGCGAGUAGAGAAAUCUGUUCUUUGUGCUCCUGGGGUCGCCUAGCGAUGACUGUGAUGAAAAGGUCCUCGGUCGAUAUAUUGACGAGGGAAGUGUAUGUGCAUGUUAACAAUCUCUACUCAUCUGUAUUUGUUAUUGCAUGUGUUUCUGCUCUCGGAUUAAA